AUGGCACUCGCUUCCGUCGACCACCCUUUGGGUCCUUUGAUCUUUUUCGAUGGAUCAUCGCUCGUCGUCGGUGGCGUCGUCGUCAAGAAAGGAAAUCCUUCGGGUCAGAGGAGGGACAAGGAGACGGAUCAACCCGUAGCUUCCUUGCAAUUCGGCAACAUCGCCCAACGUCAACAUCGCCUUAUGCUGUUUCAACAAGGAUUCCCAAUCGGAUCCUCCCAUUUUCCUACUGCCCACGAUACAAUCAUCGCCUCCAACCUCUUCCCCGAGACUUCUCUCGAGAUCCCGGACCUACAGAGCUCUUGGAACGACCUCGCCGUUCAUGACAAGGAUCACACUGUCCGCCAGAGACGCAAACAACCUCCUCCUGCCAUCGCUACGCAGGCCAUCGCGGGACUCUUCGCUACUGGACCUCCAAUCAAUCCUCGAGUCUGGUCCGUACAGAAAUACGAGCUGGCCCAAAGUCACAUCGCCGACGGUUCUGUCUGCAGCACGCCUCCCCUGACUGCGUCUAUCGGCUCCUUGCCAGAGUCUCUCGCCUCGAACUCUUGCCAAACGCCCUUUUCCCCAAGCGGACCCUCGUCGCGCGACGUCUUUGUCAAGCUGUCGGGAGCCAACAUCUACACAUCGGGUCUUCCCAAUAGGGGUUCUACCUCGACCGCCUCUCGCACUCGUCAAGGAGACGAUUACGGUCAAAUGUUCUCGCCACGGAACAACAUGGGUUACCUGUCCUCGCUGCAGGGAAACCAGUCUUGUCAGCAGAGAAACACCGAGAUCGCCGAGUCGUUCUCGGACUUGAGAGAUCAGUUCUAUAGCAUCGUCAGGGAAUGGCCACAGAAGGAUGGGAUGUACCUCACGAGCACGACUCCGUACAUCGGGAUCCGAUGCGAUACGUGGGAGAACAACCUCAGACUUUUGAUUGAAGAGACGGUUGAUUACUGGCAACUACACUUGCUCUAUGAGGAGACGUCGCAGAUCGCGCUAGCCGUCUGUGCCGAUUGUCUUCAAUGUUACAUUCCUAGGGAUUCUAUCUUCAAGAUCAUCGAGGAGCUUAGGGCGGCUUUGACUCCGGGAGUUGAGUAUAGCGAUUGGUGCCCUAACGCGCCGGAUCUCGAAGAGGAUGACCAAUACGUACCACAUCAUACGGCGCAGCACUCUAGCGGAUACACGGCUCAAGGGUACGGUCCCAUGACCGCCAACCCGGACAGGUUCUACCCCAGUCACCACGAGCUCCAUUCCCCCGACACAGCGGGGAUCUCGGAGGUUGACAGCGAACUCUGCUUCAAUGUGGAUUUCGACAUGUGA